AUGGCAGACUUAUUCAGUGAACCCAGUGUUAAAAGUGACAUUGUUCUGAUUGUGGAUGACAAGCGUAUGUAUGUCAAUAAAACGAUUCUUUCCCUGGCGUCACCAGUUUUCGAAGCCAUGUUCGAGUCGGACUUCAAGGAAAAACAAGAUGAGGAAAUCCCACUUCCGGGAAAGAAGUACGACGAUUUUCUCGAGUUCUUGCUUUGUUUUUACCCGCAUUCAAUGAAACCGGUCAACUUUGAUAACGUGGAUGCUGUGCUGCCUUUGGCAGAAGAAUACCAAGUUCAGUACAUAAAACGAAAAUCGGACGAGACACUUCUGUACUGUCUGGAGCAAACGUGUUUAAGUGACAAAAAACUGGUACAUAUUCUUUGGUUAGCCGACAAGUAUGCGCUUAGCAAAGCACGUGCGAAAUCUGUCGACAUGGCAGCAUGUCGUUCGUAUGAAAAACUGGCCACGGUUUUUCUACUGGUCUGUUUUAACUGA